GCACACUUUACUAAUUUAACUUCCCAAAAAGCCAAAAAAUGGCGGUGAGAGUCUGAGAGAGAGUUGCUGCAAAAAACAUUGAAGACUAUAGUGUGUGCGGGACCCUUCUUUAUAAUGGGUUCCUCUUUCUCGUUGCAGUGUCCCGGUCGUAGUAGAGUCAUGAGUUAUGACCUCUUAACAUUCAGCUGUACCAUUCAAAAAAAGAAAAAAAGUUUGUCAUAUUUGAUAAGUAAGGAACAGAGUGUGAAAUGAGAAUCGAGUAAAAAAGCAAAGCAGUGUAAAGUGUAAACCAAAGUAAAGACUAAAGAGGCUCACAGUCACUUGACUGGGAAUAUUUCUUUUCAGGAAGAGGAAGACGAAGAGGUUUCAUUAGCAUUUAGCAUUAAGCAUUUUUUAUGGUGAUGGAGCGUAAAGGAAGUGAGAGCCCGGUUUCUGUCAGGCAGUGGAGCAGUGAAUCUAGCUCUCUUUCUUCACGUAAUGGUGCUGCUGGCCAUGCUCGCUCCUCCUCCCUAACUCUCACCGGAAACAAUGGAAUCUCAACCGUCAAGAGGAAUCAAAAUGUUGCCGCCAAAGCCGCCGCUCAGCGCCUCGCACAGGUCAUGGCUUCCCAGACCGCCGACGACGAUGAUGACGACGACGACGACGAUCUCGGAUUUCGCUACGCUGCUCCUCCACCUCUCUCUCUAUCCAGAAAUGCCAUCAAAUCUACCAGCAACAUCACCUCCCGCACUCGUAGAUCUCCCUCUCCUGCGUUACCUCAGAAUCCUGUGGUUGUGGAAGAAGCACCAGCAUCAGCGUCGUAUCUUCGUCCGGCUCCGGCACUAUCACCGGCACCGGCACCGGCACAAUCACCUACCGUGAAUAGACCACCGCUCAGCCUCAGGACUCCUACUCUGGCCGCAGCAGCUCCAGCUCCAGCUCCAGCUCCACUCGACCCUCUCAUUCGCUCCAAUAAGUCAAAGGAUAAAAGGUUUCCGUUUGACUCCGGCCUUGUUCAACCAAAAGAUUCAGGAGGAAACCGUGAUGCUUCUGCACUUCUUGAUGAGGUUGAUAUGCUCCAGGAAGAGAAUGAAAGCAUUCUUGACAAGCUCAGAGUUGAGGAAGAGAGAUGCAAGGAAGCAGAGGCCAGAGUUAGGGAGCUUGAGAAACAGGUAGCUUCUCUUGGAGAAGGUGUAUCUUUGGAAGCUAAACUUUUGAGCAGAAAGGAAGCAGCAUUGCGCCAAAGAGAGGCUGCACUUAAAAAUGCCAAAGACUCUAAGGAUGGAAUUGGUAAGGAAAUCACAUCUCUGAAGGCUGCAGUUGAGAAUGCAAAAGUUGAAGUGGCAGCUGCUGUGAGCCAGUUAAAUGGAGCUGAAUCUGAAGUGAAAGCUCUUCGGUCAAUGACACACAGAAUGAUAUUAACUCAGAAAGAAAUGGAGGAAGUUGUUCUUAAGAGGUGUUGGCUUGCUCGGUAUUGGGGUUUAGCUGCAAAAUAUGGUAAGCUGCUGUUUGGUUUAGCUUUAUUUUUAAUUUAUUUUCUUCUGGGGAUGUGGGAUUAUGGCAUCCAUUCCUACUGUGGCAACAUCACCUCCCGCACUCGUAGAUCUCCCUCUCCUGCGUUACCUCAGAAUCCUGUGGUUGUGGAAGAAGCACCAGCAUCAGCGUCGUAUCUUCGUCCGGCUCCGGCACUAUCACCGGCACCGGCACCGGCACAAUCACCUACCGUGAAUAGACCACCGCUCAGCCUCAGGACUCCUACUCUGGCCGCAGCAGCUCCAGCUCCAGCUCCAGCUCCACUCGACCCUCUCAUUCGCUCCAAUAAGUCAAAGGAUAAAAGGUUUCCGUUUGACUCCGGCCUUGUUCAACCAAAAGAUUCAGGAGGAAACCGUGAUGCUUCUGCACUUCUUGAUGAGGUUGAUAUGCUCCAGGAAGAGAAUGAAAGCAUUCUUGACAAGCUCAGAGUUGAGGAAGAGAGAUGCAAGGAAGCAGAGGCCAGAGUUAGGGAGCUUGAGAAACAGGUAGCUUCUCUUGGAGAAGGUGUAUCUUUGGAAGCUAAACUUUUGAGCAGAAAGGAAGCAGCAUUGCGCCAAAGAGAGGCUGCACUUAAAAAUGCCAAAGACUCUAAGGAUGGAAUUGGUAAGGAAAUCACAUCUCUGAAGGCUGCAGUUGAGAAUGCAAAAGUUGAAGUGGCAGCUGCUGUGAGCCAGUUAAAUGGAGCUGAAUCUGAAGUGAAAGCUCUUCGGUCAAUGACACACAGAAUGAUAUUAACUCAGAAAGAAAUGGAGGAAGUUGUUCUUAAGAGGUGUUGGCUUGCUCGGUAUUGGGGUUUAGCUGCAAAAUAUGGCAUUUGUGCAGAUGUUGCAGUUUCAAAGUAUGAACUUUGGUCAUCAUUAGCCCCUCUUCCUUUUGAGGUUGUCCUUUCUGCAGGACAAAAAGCUAAGGAGGAAUGCUGGGAAAAAGGUGAUGAAGCCCCAGAUAAGAGGAGCAAACUUGUUCCAGACUUGAAUGAUCUUACUGGAGAAGGAAAUAUCGAGAAUAUGCUUUCAGUUGAAAUGGGACUGAAGGAGCUUGCAUCUUUAAAGGUUGAGGAUGCUAUUGUGCAAGUAUUAGCCCAACAACGUCGUCCAAGUUCUGCUCGACAAUCUGUCUCAGAUAUUAAAUCACCAGGGGACCCGAAGUUCAUGGAAGCCUUUGAAUUAAGUCCAGAGGAGUCUGAGGAUGUUCUUUUCAAGGAGGCUUGGCUUACAUAUUUUUGGAGAAGAGCAAAGGCUCAUGGUAUAGAGGAGGACAUUGCCAAAGAACGUCUUCAGUUUUGGAUUGGUCGAAGUGUGCAUUCUCCUACCUCGCAUGAUGCUGUUGACGUUGACCAAGGACUUUUGGAGCUCAGGAAACUGGGGAUUGAACAUCGACUCUGGGAAGCAUCCAGGAAAGAAGUUGAUCACGAAUAUACUAUUGCACCAACAUUAACGACUUGACCUGAAAUUAAUGUUUAGUUAAUUUCCUUUCAUAGGUUUUUGACGUAUUAUAUACACGAAUGUUGGAUUUAAUCUUCCACUUACAAAUUUGCCUCACACAAUGGUGUUCAAGCGAGUUUAUCCCACGUCUAGCAUUAAGCUUUUUAACUACUUUUAUAACACUUUUCAACAAAAUUUAGGAUCUUAUGACACUCUAGUGCAUUUCAUUUACCCCUGUUUGGAUGAGGCAAAUAAUAUUGAUAGCCCGUCAGCACAAUGAGAUAACAUGCAAUAAUAUUUUCAACCA